AUGGAAAGCCUAGAUGGCGGCCCGAUUCGCGCGGAGCAUCCCGCGAAAGAGCUCACCAGAGAGCGGGUGUUUACCAGCAUAAGGCAUUCAAAAGGUAACGAGGGACCUAUAGAGUCGGAUAAAAUCCGGUCACACUCUAUUCUCUUCAUUAUUAUCAUGACCGGUGAAGCGUUCACGAACUGCCUGCCAUAUUCGAUAUAUCUAUCGCAGCGCAACAUGAGACGUUGUUCAACCCGGGGGCUACACUACACUGCUAAUAUCUCGAUACUGCGCAACACCGCUGAGACAUCUGCGCUCCGCCGCUUGGUGGACUUCCACAAGCUGCCCUUCACCUCCGGGAAGCCGCAGAACCGUUGCCCACCUACUACGAGGCUCCAGCUCGCCGCAAGGGCACCAGACGCAACCCGAACCGCGGUGGUAAUAUCAAAGUAG